AAGUUUGACGUGAAAGACGAGGUUUCGGUCAGGCGACUUGUGCUGUGUACUAAACACAACAAAUACCAUUUUGUUACUUAUUGAACCAUACGUUGUUUACCUGGUAAUAUCAGGGUAUUUGAGAUGUGAAGGAACAGCAUUGAUGACCAUAUAGUUGACUCUCCAUUAAGAAAUGAAAUCAUCCAAUACUCACGAUGGUAGACUACAUCAUAGCUAACAAACCAGCUAUUUUUCCAUCAACUGUUGCUCCAAAUGAGACAAUUAACAGUAGCGCAUUAUGGACAACCUCACUCCCCCCUACCACUGCUGAUGCCUAUUCACCUGCAACCAUAUCUGUUGGCAACAACUCUCUUCAUCCCUGUCUUUGGAUAUUGUAUGAAGAUGUGAACAAUUCAGGGGUUCGAGCAUGGGACGUUGCCCUCGUAAUUCCGAACACAUUAUUUCUUCUUUUCUUACUACUGACAUUGAAGCAAGCUUAUGGUAAAUUAAAACACUCAGACAGUCCAAUAUUUACAUUGUUUUACAUUCUGGUGUUUCUUGUAGCUGUUAUCAGUGUAAUACGAUGUGUUGUUUCAAUGACAGUGAAUGCAGCAACUGAUGUUGGCUCUGAUAUUGACAAGAUAUUAUGGCUUGUGUUGAAGUUUUUUCUCCUUGCUACUGAACUGAGUGUACUUAUUUUUGGCUUGGCUUUUGGACAUCUAGAUAGCAAAUCAAGCAUCAAAAGAGUACUUAUUGUCACAACAUUUGUAGCAUUUACUUAUUCUGUUACACAGGGCGUUUUAGAAUUGGUUUAUCCAGAUCAUAGACUACAGGCUGCAAACAAAAACUUUGGUGUCUAUGCUCAUGGCGGGAUGUUGUUCUGGUUUGUCAGUUCUACUUUCUUCUUUUUGGUAUAUACAUGUGUUUUUCUAUUACCAUUUACAAAGCUGAAGGAAAAGAUUCAACUACCUUCAAAGACUUCUUUUUAUGUAUACGUGUUGAUCUUGGCUUUAUUGAACUUACUUCAAGCUGUUGGAAGUAUUUUAUUGUAUAAAGAUGUACAGGCUGGUCUCUGCCUUGUUGAUGUAACAACAUAUCUGUAUUUCACUUGUUUUGCACCGUUGGUCUAUUGUACAUUCCUAAUGGAAUUUCUCAGAGCUCCAGCUUCUACUAUUUUCUUCUCUUAUAAAGCCCAAACAGAAGAAGCAGAUGAUGAGGUGCACCAGAUACCAAAUGCCUAUAUUUCUUCACCAAAAGAUCAUGAUAUUCUCGGAUAUGACAGUACUGAGUUUGAUGGACAAAGCAGUAUGUUGGUAAUCAACAGCACUGAUGUCCCACCAAUCAUAGUAGAUAUCUAACAAACUACUGUGAAAAACUUUAUUUUAGCUGGAAUUAAUUUUCGCUGAAAAGACUUUUU